AUGUACGUGGCGUAUACGGCUGAUCGUACAAAUUUUGUCGGGGAAAAUGGCAGCAUCGUUGUCUAUAUAUAUAUGUCUCUCUUUGAGGGCCCACCUCUAGUUCGAAAAGUUUUAGAAGGGCAUGUCUUUGUUCUUCCACUUUCGGUGUUUGCUAAGUCGAGCCAACGAGGUAGUGGGGCGCAAAGCAGACAUCUGCGUCGUAGCUAUCGAGUUGAAAGUACUUGGGGAAUAGCAGGUUUAGUGUUCCACAAUGUCGAUUUGGAUGCGCGACCUUCCAAAUGCACAAGAGACACACCUGUCUGGGUUCUAACAGAAUUGAUGCACCAAGUAGCUCAGGGAAUGGCCUACUUGGAAUCCUGCAAGCUAGUACAUCGCGAUUUGGCUGCGAGGAAUGUUCUACUUGUGACCCAACGCUUUGCCAAAAUCAGUGAUUUCGGAAUGAGCAAAGCUCUCAAUUUCGGCAAUGACUAUUAUCGCGUAAGUUCGUCAAGUUGUGUUGAUAUGAUGGUGAAAAGAUUUAACGUCGUAGGACAUGGUGUUUAUGUAAUAGACAAAACUGGCGGAUUCAAUGCAUUGUCAGUGAAAUUGGCGUUUUGGCAAGAGUAG